AUGGUGGAGGCGGAGGAGGAUGAGGACGAGGACGAGGAGGCGGCUGCGGCGGAGGAGCAAGAGGAACAAGUAGUUAUGGAGACUGACCCGGACUCCGACCCGGAAGCUCAGGGCCGUGUGACCAAGUUCUUAUUCGAAACGGGUUCCAAGAAGCAAAGGCGCAGGAUGAAGCGUCAAAAGCGGAAACUUGAAACCCUAAAUCCCUGGGGAUACUUCACCAGUGCAAAGAUAAAGCAUGAAGAAUCGAGUAGCAUAAAUCAAAAUGUGGGAAACACAAAUAAAAACAUCGUUGCAAGUGCGGUCGACGAGACUAAUGCAGACGCGAAAGAGCAAAUAAUGGCUACAGUACUGUGGGAGAAUGCACUACGUAUUAAUGCCAUACUGGAAGGGAACCUAGCUGAUGAUGUAGAUUAUAAAUUGUCGGAUUUGAAGAAUGCUGAUGCUGUACAAAUUGAUGUUACUAGACGCCAAGGUGAUAAGCUUAUUGAUUGUCUCGGAAAGAUUUCAGCAACUCUUAACCAGCUUUGUGAUUUAGUCCAGAAAUGCAACUGAUUUACACUAUUCUGUCAUUUGUAUAUUUUCUUGCAUUUUGUAAAUAUGUUGGUACCCUCCAAAUCAUUUUUUUGGUUCAAAUUGGUUCAAAAAGGGUCCUGGGAAUGUAUUGGGGGUGGAAAGGUGGUUAUUUGGGGUGCUGAAUUUUAGCAUGUACUGUCCUAUGUAUGUGAUAACUCUUAACAAGCUUUGAAGAGUUACAGAGUUUAACCU